AUGGAUAGGUUCCUCGCAGAGAACCCUCAACCCAAUAUUGAUGUUUCUAACCAUCGAAAUGCUAAUGUUGGUGAGGUCAAUAUGGAUGAGUUGAUCGACAAAGAGGGCCAGUGGAUCUACUUCAAUUCAAUAGUUCUCAAGCAGAAACAAAUACAGAUAGCAAACUCUCCUCAUUUGGAUGCUAAGUUGUCUGACAUAUGCAUUGGCACCUCGGCUGCCCCAACUUAUUUUCCUCCAUAUUACUUUGAGAAUGAUGAUGGUAAAGGAAAUCAGUAUGAGUUCAAUCUUAUUGAUGGUGCUGUUGCUGCUGCCAAUCCGGCCUUAAUUGCGCUAAGCACAGUAACCAGAAGUGUGGAAGCGGAUCCAUCAUUUGCUUCUAUCAAGCCAUUGGACAUCAAACAAAUUCUGCUGCUCUCAUUAGGGACUGGCACUACUGCAGAUUUUGCUGGGACAUACACAGCAGAGGAGGCAGAUAAUUGGGGUCUUGUUUCUUGGCUAUUUCAUAAUAAUUCGAACCCUCUUAUUGAAAUGUCAUCUGAAGCAAGUGCUAUUAUGAAUGAUUAUUACAUCGCCACCAUCUAUCACGCUCUUGGUGCUGAAACGAAUUACCUCAGGAUUGAAGAAAGGGCAUUAACUGGCACUACAACCCAAAUGGAUAAUGCUACAGAGGCUAAUAUGAACUUAUUGGUACAAGUUGGUGAAAACUUGUUGAAGAAACCCGUAUCCAAAAAGAAUCCUGAAACCAAUGAGGAAGCUCUAAAGAGGUUUGCGAAAUUGCUCUCAGAAAGGAAGAAAAAACGUGCAAACAAAGCCGACUCAUAAUAAUUAUGCUAAAGAAUAAGCGCUUGUAAGGCAUGCAUUAGCCCGUCAAGUCUUGU